GCGGUUUGUUGUGAGCAAGAAGCUAAAUGCGCCUAUGAGUGAAUGAAUGAGGUAAAAUUACAUAUGGCCGCUCAGGAUACUACUACUACCAGAUGUAGAGCACUGUGACGAAAAAUGCUCCGACUGCUUUCCCUUCGAGCUGCAACUACUCGCCCUGAAACUGGCAUUGGAGGAAUGGAGUCACUGGCUGGAAGGAGCAGAGACACCGUUUGUGGUUAUGGACCGACCACAAGAACCUGGCCUACAUCCAGACGGCCAAACGUUUGAACUCUCGUCAGGCCCGGUGGGCCUUGUUCUUCGGCCGGUUCAAUUUCUCCCUCACCUAUCGUCCGCCGGGCAGCAAGAACAUCAAGCCGGAUGCUCUGUCCAGACAGUUUGGCCCUGUGGAGGAGGAAUCAGCUGCACCUGACACCAUCCUUCCCACAACCGUUGUGGUGGCGUCCCUGACCUGGGAGAACGAGGCAACGGUAAGACAAGCACUUGAGACUAACCCUGACCCCGGUGGUGGUCCACUGGGACGCUUGUUUGUCCCCGUUUGUGCUCGCUCCCAGGUUCUUCAGUGGGGUCACACCUCUCAAGUCUCGUGCCACCCAGGAGUCGCCAGGACUAUUUCUCUCAUGAGCAGACACUUCUGGUGGCCUACCAUGCUGGUGGAUACCCGGGAAUAUGUCCAGGCCUGCACCAUCUGUGGCAGAAGUAAGGCAUCUCAUUGUCCAUCGGCUGGUCUCCUCUGUCCUCUCCCAGUGCCCGGACGGCCCUGAUCCCACAUUGCCCUGGAUUUCGUCACCGGUCUACCUCUCUCAGAAGGAAUCGGAGAUAGCGGUUCCCUCUAUCCAACAUCAACUUCGGAGGGUGCAAAGGAUCUGGAGGGAGACCCGACGGGCGCUUCUCCGUACUCAGGAACAGAACAAGAGGAUGGCGGAUCGCCGCCGCACUCCAGCACCCAAAUACAAGCCCAGCCAACAGGUUUGGUUGAACUCCAAGGACAUUCCCCUAAAUGUUUCCUCUAAGAAACUCGGCCCUCGUUUCAUUGGUCCAUAUGUAGUCGAGGCUGUGAUCAACCCCUGCGCUGUUUGCCUUAAGCUCCCUCCAGCCCUCAGGAUACACCCCCUGCCUGCACCAUGCGGUUUUGUUUGUUCCCUCGGAGGACGCCAGUUCCACGUGGAGGAGAGCCACGUAUUGGAUUGGGACUCCGAAUCACUCUGCAAGCUCUGGAGAGCUCACCACCACCCACCUCUCACCACUGGGACCCCGGACACGCCACUCCCCGCCCCCUGUGCACCUUGCACUGUACAUAAUCUUACAUAUUAA